AAAGGACUAAAUGGAUUAUGACCAAAUUUGGCCAGAAACAUUAUUUCGGAAACGGAAACAAAUGUUUAAAUGGUUACAAUGGGUCAACUUGGGCAGGAGAAACAGGGCCUAAUAGGGGGAAAUGAGGAAAGUCACUUAUCAUAAAAGACUGAAUAAAAUUUGCUCAAAUAUGGUCAGAAGUAUCCUUGGGGGCUUGGAGAAACAAUUUUGUUUAAAUGGUGACUCUGAUACCCCUGAGGCAGCAGGGGCGGGGCCCAAUCAGGAAUUCAAGACAGUGUCUUUAAACUGCUACUAGUGUUUUGUUUCUGAAAUAUAUUUCAGAUGACGGCGAUGCUACGAAUUGUUAUAUUCCUGUUAGAACUGUCGCUGGGACUCGGCUUUAGAAAAUGGAAAGCACCAGAUAGUAUACCGAUACAGUGUGGGGAUGUGAAGUGUGAUAUAUGGACCCAAUAUUGUCAUAACAUGGUGUGUAGACAAUGUAAUCCCGACGUAUGUAACCAAGCUCUAGGUCCAGGAGGCCGGCCAUUACAAUGCUACUUUUACUGUACGGACGUCAAGGAGAAGAUGCAGAUAAUAGUUUUUAAAGACGGAACUUCGUCCACACAACAAACUACAGAUCGGACGAUUACUACAACACUAGAACACAAGACACCUCCUGAAAAUGAUGAGUCCAGAGGUGUAACCCCGAAUACGAUAUCAAUGGUGGUAAUACCUUUAGUGACAUACGUGGCUGGCAUUGUUACCGUACACAUUUUCCAAAAGUGUAACAAGAAACGAAAUAGAAAAUCAUCUAAAGAUAAGAUAAACAACCAGCCACCCCAGGGAAGCCAUUCCAGUAUAUCAGAUCCCAAAGACUAUGUAGAGCUGGCUAUAUCUAACAAACUACUGGGCAACGUGGAUCUUGAUACCUAGGAUGUGAUUAUCCUGUGGAUUAACUCCAGUAUGAGGGAUUCAAUAUGAAGUUUGAAAAUGUUUAAAACAACAGGAGAUAGUAUAUAACGGUUUUAACUGUUCCAUAUUUGUCGUUGUCAGCAAUUUAUAGAAUACUUAAUUUGUAUCAUCUUUGAGAAAAGAAAUCAUUAUCAUGAUCCCUCCAAAAGAAAGGAGCAAUUCACCCACACAACCUGUAGAUCUGGGAGGGUAUCAGGGCCACGAGAAAUAGCCACCUCGGAGGGUGUUAUGCCAUCUCAUUUAUUAUAUCAGACAAUUAAGUUCAUAGAGUUGGGACCAAAGUCACAAAGACCGACGAACAAUUUCAUCAGUAUGAAAAGGAGUAUUAGUUAAGAUAGAAAAUGGUACUUCAUUUCCUGAUGGACAGGGAAUUGAUGACAAGAGAAAUAUUCACGAGAUACCUAAAGUGGGAACAAGCAUUCCCUGAAGAGUUUACUAUAAAAGUUUUUCACAAUGUUUUCUUUGUGUGCAUCUGGGAUGCUUUCAAUGCAGGACGAUCAACUGUUACAAUAUCAUCUCUUUUUAUUGCGAUGAACUACAAUGUUUUGUGUGGACAGAUGUAAAAGAGAGUGUUUAGUUUGUAAACAGUGUUACAAUAUGGUCCCUAUGACUCGGUGUUUGGUGGUAACAGAGAAUAGGUUUAUUGCAACCAGAUGCUGUGCCUUAUAAACGUUACAACUCGGAUACAUAGAUAGAUUCUCCACAUGUAUAGUGACAAACGAACACAAGCCUGAUGGUAUUGAAGUUCACUGUUUUAUAUUUACAUUGAUGGAUAGACAAUACAAUUUUAGAUAUGUAGUCAUAGACAGUUAAUACUGUCGUUUUUUUCUUAAGAUUUUCAAAUCUUAAUUAGCAUUCCUCGCCCUUAUUUAUCUUAUUUCGACUUGUAUUUGUACCCAAAAAAAAAAAAAAAAAAAGAUCUUCAAAAAAAUUAACCGCUAUGUGAAAACUGGGUUGUGGCAAGCAUUCGCAUGUAUCAUAGCUAUUUUACUGCAUUUUUGAUAUCAAGGAAAUUAUUUUAAUUGAAGCGCCUUGAAUACUUCAGUAAAUCAACGUGUUGUACUUUUUGGGAGACAACGAGUGUUGUAAUUGGACACCUACACACACAGCCCCUGUUUAUCACAGAGGAUAUUUAGCUAUUUUCAAUGAAACAAAAUAGUGUGUGAUGUAAUUGAAAUUUGUCCGGUAAAAUGUGUCACGUGUUACAUAAAUUGUGUAUUGCCGCAUUUUGUUCUAUCAUUAUUAUUAUUAUUUUAAUUGUUAUUACUAGAAUCAUACAUGCGUGUCAGUGUAAUGUAAUAUGCCCUAGUUUAGGAAAAGCUACUGAACUUUUUUUAAGCAUUCCUCAUAAAAUUUACACUUUCAUUGUACCCUGUAUAUAUUGACGAUUACUAGAAAUAGAUAUUUUUAUAAACAACAGCCCAUUGCUGGAAGGAUCUCGAUUCUUUUUCUAUCUGAUGAUCAGUGCUGUAUGAACCAUAGGAACUUGAAUAUAAAUAAGUUGCGAAAAGAAUUUGACAUGUAUCACAACCAGUGUAUGAUGUGAGUGUGACGUUUCGCGGAAUUUCCCGUCACCUGCAUUAGACAAAUGACUAGUUCUGCCUUCAAAGAACUGUCAGCCCAGACUUUUUUUUAUUUAUUUAUUUUUCGUUCAUUUUCAAAUUUUAUUUACAAUACAUGACAUAUACAAAAUACAUGGGUAAAGACAAAAAACAUCCACAAGUUAUGCAUCAACAGUUACACUUUCACUCCAUCCAAGAACAUUUUGCGAUCGUUGUAUAAUGCAAUUUAUCAAACUUUGUUCAAAAGGCAUUAUGUCAGUGGAAUAAGAGCAUAAGCACACAAAACAAACAAACAGAAGACAGAGAGAAUUCGAAAAAGAAAGGAAAAGACAAACAAAAGAGUAUACAAAAACAACUGAAAACAGACACAGAAAGGACAUAAUAAACCUAAGUCAGAGAGGUUUACAUUUGUAUUAUUGUUAUAAAUUUGUUGCCACUUUUGCAUCAAUCACUGUUGUGUCAAUAUGUAUUUUGUUUUUAUGUUACUUUUGGAUAUUUAAAGUUUAUGCGCUUUUAACUCAAUAUUAAUGUGAUUUUUUAGACUGUUUAUAUUAGGUCCUAAUUCCAGGCAUUUAGAUUUGUAAUAUAUUGUUUUGUAAUGAGUAAUAUUAGGUUAUCUAGAUUGAACUUAUUAAGUUCAUUAAUUUGCUUGCCAAAGAUGAAUUCCUGUUUUUCGAAUCUAAGACUCGGGUUUUUAGUGAAAAUAGUGAUAAUUAAUUGUUCUAUCAAAUUUGAUAUAUAUUCAGACUCCGAUAAUAAAUGGGUAAUUGUUUCAAGAUGAGAAUUACAAAAUGUACACAAGUUAUUGUUCUAAAUUGCAGCCAUUGAAGUUUGGAACUAGUGCAGGCGUUAAAAGGAUAUUUGUAUAUUUCUUUCCAUUUGUCUUCAUCAAUAUUGAAAUUCUGAUUCCAUUUGUUUUGAGCAAUGGGUUUACUUACAUUUUUUUUUAUUAAAGUAGUAUAUUUCUUGAGCACUUUUUUUUACAUCUUAAAAUAAUUUCAGAUUUAUGGGUAUAUUGGGCGGUAUAAUUUUUUUCUCUAAGUUUAAAGUUUGAUUUUUUUUUUCUGAUAAAUUGGUAAAAAGGCAGUUGUUAUACUCUAGAUAGUGUAACGUACCUCAAAAUAAGCAUCAGCGUGGUCUAGGGAGGAAAGGUCGAUCCAUGCCAGAUGAGAAUGUUGGGUUGAAAGAGUUGUAUUUGCCUUUAUAAUAAGUGCGAGCAUGGAAGCUGACGAUAUUUGUUUGUGAGAGUCUCAUUUUCGUAUUUAAUCAUACAUUGAUAGUAGUUAAGUCUUAAUAGACACGUUGUAGUAGUUUAUAUCUCCGGUAAACACGUCUCGUAUGGCGGCUGCCAUCAUGUUUUUCUACAGCGUAUGUGAACCGGAACUGACGUAAAAGAGCGGGAGUUUCAAACAUAGUAUGCGCGAGGGUGCAUUCGAUAAGGUUAUAAAAGGCAGAAAUUCUCGGCAUCUUUACCAUUCUGUCAGACGACCACUCUAUCAGACGACCACUCUAUCAGAACCAUUGUUAAACAGAAGUAAUGGCUUCAUUUGACUCAUUGGUGAGUUUGGUCAUAAUCUAAAACGAAUAUUUUAUCCAGAUUCGGAAUUAAUUAAGAUAAAUAUAAAUCAUAUUUCUAUAGUCUUUGAGCAAAUGUUCCAAUUUCGGAACAGAUUCCAGAUUAGGAACAAUGUUCCAAAUCUGGAACACUGUAUAUUUCAAUACUAAUACUAUAUAACAGGAGAUGCUGGAGAUUUCUAAAAUACUUUAAACUCAUGAAGUUGUGUGAAUGCUGGACGUAAUAUUUUGUACAUAUUAUAAAUUAUAAACUUGAUCCAAUUAAAUAUUGAACUUUA